AUGGAGUUGAUGAUAAAUUGGCUGUUGUUGAUUGUUCCUUGUGUGGGUUUUGUUUUAGGGUUUGGGGUUUUGAAGAGAUUGAAUAAUUUGUAUUAUGCAUUGAAAUUAGGGAAGAAAUGGGAUGAACUUCCUCCUGGUGAUCUAUCUUGGCCACUUAUUGGUUCUACUCUAUCCUUUCUCAAAUAUUUCACUUUUGGUUCACCAGACGGUUUCAUUGGUGACUUCUCAAGAAGAUAUGGGAAACUUGAUAUGUACAAGACUCACAUAUUUGGAAAACCAACUGUAAUCGUCUGCAAACCUGAAAUAUGUCGUCAAGUAUUAACUGAUGAAACCAAGUUCAUUCUUGGUUAUCCCAAAACCAUGACAACCGUAUUUGGUAAAAAAUCACUGCUUCAAGUCUCGAAGGAGGAGCAUCGGAAGCUCCGACGGCUGACAACAGCACCGAUCAGCGGCCACGCGGCGCUCGAGAUGUACAUUGAUCAUAUUGAACACACUGUAAUUAGUGGGUUGGAGGAAUGGUCAAGCAUGGAGAAGCCAUUGGAGUUAUUAACAACGAUAAAGCAUCUUACCUUCAAAAUUAUUUGGAACAUUUUUAUGGGUUCAACUCCAAUAAAAAGCACUUCUAUAAGAGAAAUGGAGACUUUGAAUGAGAAUAUUGCACUUGCGUUCUUCACUCUGCCACUCAACUUUCCUGGCUUACCCUUCCAUAAAGCACUCAUGGCUGGAAAAAGAUUGAAUGAAAUACUUCAAUCAUAUUUGGAUGAGAAGAGAAUGGUGAAGAAAAGCAAAGGGGAAAAUUGGGAAGCAAAAGAUAUGAUGGAUUUGUUGAUGGAAGUGAGAGAUGAAGAUGGUGAAGGAUUUGAUGAUGAGACCAUUACAGAGAUCAUUUUUGGUAUGCUAUUUGGAGGCCAAGAGACUACAGCCUUCACUACAAUGUGGGCAGUUUUGUUUCUUACGGAUAAUCCACAUAUAUUCCAGAAGGCCAAGACGACAAUUUCGAACGAAGUACAGAUGAAGUUCUUCCUCGACGACGAUUACAAACGGAGCACGGUAAAUGAAGUUUCAUUUUCGAAGGAUAGGCGGGAAGAAUAUCAGGUUAUAGAUGAGACGCUUCGCUUAAGUAGUAUGGUAUUUGCUGCUUUUCGUGAGGCAACAGUUGAUGUUGAAAUUAACGGUAAAAUAAUACCAAAGGGAUGGAAAGUCAUACCUUGGUUUCGAGGGCUUAACAUGGACCAAAAACUACAUCCUUCCCCCCAACAAUUCAAUCCUUCCAGAUGGGAUAAUUUUGGAAGAAAUUCUGGUGUUUUUACUCCCUUUGGACUAGGAGUUAGGAUGUGCCCGGGACGUGAUCUUGCCAGAAUGGAGAUCUCAAUUUUCCUUCAUUAUUUUGUCCUCAAUUACAGGAUAGAGCGACUUAAUCCUGAAUGCAAAUUAAAUUACUUGCCCAUUUCUCAUCCUAUAGACAAAUGUUUGGCAAGAGUGAUAAAAACUCCAUCAAAGUGACUAAAAAGUCAUCCCUCAUGUAACCUUCUUUGGCCCAACAAGUGUGAACUUUGUGAUGAUUAUUGUAUCUAAACUUCUAAAUAUAUAUGACAUUUACUUGUGUGUA